AUGGCCCCCAAAGCCGAAGCCGCCAACGGCGUAGAAAAGACGCUCCUCUCGGAAGACCAAAAGAAAUCCAACCACAUCCGCUCCGAGCAGAAGCGGCGCGAAGCGAUCCGCGAGGGCUUCGACAAACUCGCCGCCGUGGUGCCCGGCCUGGACGGCAUGGGCAGGAGUGAAGCGCUGGUCCUUGAGGGGGCGCUCAAAUUGGCGCGGGAGGAGGUCGUCAAGAGACGGGACCUCAUCGCCCAGGCGAAACAGAACGGAGAGGACACUACGGGCUUGGAACUUGACACUGCGACUAUCGAGGCGGUGGAAUUCCAGUUGUCGAGAGCGCAGGCGGAGGGGAAGGACGCGGAGCAGGAUACCAUCAAGAAGGAGAAAUGA